GCACAGCUGUUUUUCCGAUUUCCUCUGUUCCGUGCUGUGUAUAAAUUGUUAUUAGGAUCUAGGCUAGAAAUUACUGGUUGCACACUCACCGCCACUGCUCCACCGACCACCGCCCCUUGCAAGGACACCCACCACGAUGAGCUCCAAGGACAAGAGCAAGUUUAAGCUGUUCCUCAAAUCGCUGCCGGCAGGUUAUGUGGGUGAGCGGACACUUCGGCCGGAGUUCGAGAGGGAGCUGCGACCGGAGCAGCCGGUGGCCCAGCGCUGCAAGAUGCUUAAGGAGCUGGGCGACAUGCAGCUGCACAACUUAAAUCUGGACGAGACUUCCAUCACCAUUCUAUUCAAUCUCACCAACGAUCUCAUUGUGCCCAACAAGCCGGCCGAAACCCGUCAGAUUGCCCUGAGCUUCUACAAGAGGCUCAUCCACACACAGUACAAAAACCUGACCAUCAUGCGGGAGAAGUUCUUCCUGGUCAUUCAGAACCACGAGGCGCGCGAGGACCUGCGCCACCUGCUCGAGUUGCUCGACACACUCACCGACAAUGGAAAGGACAUCACCAAUUUUGAGGAAAAGAUUGGCAAGUUCAUGCUGCUCUGGAUCCCAGCAAUCACAGAGGCCAAUCUGCUCCGCCCCUAUCUUGACAUGCUGGUCAACCUUAUCAAAUUCAACGCGGCGCAUCUCGACAAGGACAUUCUCGUGGGCAUUGUGCAAAACGCCUGCGACCUGAGCUGCAGUGUCACCGUCAACGAGAUCGGGCUGCAGUGCCUUACAAUACUCGAGAUGGUCAUCGGGUAUACAAUCUUCCCCAGCGAACCGCUGCCGCAGUGCAUCACCACCUUGUGUCGGACAGUUAACUAUCCACCUUAUUGCCCGUCCUCAUUUAAGAUCAUGAAGAACCUGCUGGGCACCCAACUUGGUUACCAUUCCAUGAAGAUGAUGUGCAGCAUCCUCAACGACCGAACUCUCUACGAUGAUGCGCACCUCUUGCGUGGAGCUGUGUUCCAUCUGAACAUGAACAUCUUCGGAUCGAACAUCAUUUUCCAGGUCUCUCCAAUGACCUAUGCAACGAACGUGCUGACAGCCUUCCUGCGGGCCUUGGAUAGUCGACAGGUCAUUGUUACCUUCGAGGUGAUCCUCAGCGUACGCAUGGUGAUCAACAAGCGGCAGCUUUCGGAGAUUAUUUGGGACCGGAUCUGCGACAUAAUGUCCUCGAUUGUCAGCAACAUCGAGUACUACGAGGCGGCGAACAUCAACAAGGAUCGGCUGCAUGACCUGCAGAUCAAUUUCCACGAGAACAUUGACUGCAUCGAAAAGCUGUUGCAGCAGGAUCGAUCGCAGAUUCUGGGCAAUAUGGAGCGCAUCUACGAUCUCAUCGAACGAGUGGCGGACCGGCGGCCGGAGGCCUCCGUCCUGGCCCUGAUCGAGUACCGAUCCCGCCGGGUGACGGCCACUCGGCCGGAAUGGCUGCAGGUACUGGCCCAGUUCGUCCGUCGCUACUACCGCAUGUCCAACGUGAACGUGCGCAUCAAGACGAUCGAGGCACUGGUGCGGAUUAUGGACCAGAACCGUGCCUGCUACGAGGAGGAGAUCCUCAGCAGGGUGGUGCUCACCCACCUGGCGCAGAUCCACCAGGAGCCCAAUGUCCAGGUGCGAGUGGCAGUGGCGCGUGCUCUGUCCAACUUUGCCACCCACUGCGACACGAAGCGGUGCAUGGACCUACUGGACAUCCUGGAGGCGCUCAUCAAUCGUCCCUUCGAGCACACGCGUCAUGGAUCCUCGGCUGGGGAUGCCUCACUGCCGGACGUGGCCGUUGGCCUUGUCAACAAUGAGACGGAGAUAGCGGACAUCAUCGCCGCCGUCGAUGGAUUGGUCAAGGUGUUCGCCAUCAAGUUGCACCGUCUGCCAGCGGUUCAUGCGCUGAAAAUAUUCAAUAUUCUAAUGGACCAUCUGGAACUGCACUACGACCGACCCAAGAUCUUCGAGAACACCAGCGUUGUGAGGCAUAAGAUAUUCACCUGGUUGUUGAAGGCCCGCGCCAACGCAUCCUACCACAUUGGCUAUCCGGAGGGCAGCAGCGAGGUGGUCAAGUUCAGUCACUACUUGGGCAUAGAUUCCCCUCUGCUGCCGCAGGCUCACACCACCGCCAUCUCCAUUCGGCGCGUGUGCAAGUUGAUUGUGCGGUGCCUGGAACAGGAUACCGACUACCAGGUUUUCCAGCUGGUCAUCAAGGAGCUGCCCAAGGUGCUGCAGAACAAGGCGCUCAUCCAGGGCAACGACGUCGAGGAGCUGGCCAACACGCUCCUCAAGAUCAACGUGGUCGGCAACAACAAGGUCAACAAGUUCAAGAGGCCCACGGACGAGUUCCACGCCCUCGUUUUGCCGGCCAUAGCUUCCCUAGUCAUUUACCACGAGAGUCUGCAGCCGCAGCAGCACUACAGCAUUAUCACGGCCCUGAAUUCGCGGGUUCUCACUGGCAUCGCCACCGUCUGCAUCAACACCAUGACCAUUCUGAUCCUAGAGAUGCCGGAGGCCCUGAUGCGGAAGCUCCCCGAGGUUCUGUUGCAAAUGAGCAAGAUGUCCGACACGAAUGCUUUGGCCAAUCCGGUCCUGGAGUUUUUGUCCUUGCUUAUCCAUCUGUCCAAGCAUCUCUUUGCGAACUUCACUUCCAUGCACAACAUGUAUGUGUUUGCCAUCACGCUGCCGUAUACAAAGCCGCAUCGCUACGAUCACUACACAGUUUCCCUGGCCCACCACGUCAUCGCCGGUUGGUUCCUCAAGUGUAAGCUCGAGCUCCGCAGGAACUGUGUGAGCUACAUCCGGACGUCAAUUCAGUCGAAUGCCAAAAUGCUGUCGAGUGACAUUGUGAACCUGAACUCGCUGAACGAGGACUCCUCCAACCGGAAACGGAGCACCAGUCUCACGGAGCGCGGCAGUCGGAACAAUGUCAAUGCCAGGAACGAUCUGGAGAUGCGGCCGCAGAUGAACAAUGGUCUGCGCAACUUCCAUGCCGAAUUGGCCGAGACUUGCUUUGACUUCCUGGCCCGCCACACCUAUUCGCCCUGUCCUUCGAUGCCCAAGCGUCUUCCCGCCGCGGAGUUCCUUCUCAAGGAUGGCGUUUCGCAGACCUGGCUGGUGGGUUACAACCUUGUGACCAUCACCACGUCCGGAUGUCCGUCGGCACCCACACGAAGCGGUCUCUGCGAGCGAUGUGCCCAGCUGGGCAAGGCGCCCAGCAUCAGCCUGAACUCGAAGAGUCUCAGCGACGCAGCUCCUCCGCUUUCGCCGGAGCGGGAGAGGCGCUACACCAAGGUGAGCCUGCAGCACAGCAGCGGCAACGAGUCGGCGGGCAGCACGGAGCUCACCUCCUCCUCCUCCUCGAACUCGGCGGCCACCGCCGGACAUCCGCAUCGGCAGAUCUCGAACAGUUCCACCGCCUCGCUGGAUGCGCUCUCGCGUCGCGGCUCCAAUCCCGAGGCACUUGGCAGCGGAUUGGGUGAGGGUCCGCACAGCGGCAGCAACACCUCGCUGCUGGGCAACUCCCUGUCGCAGUCCUCGGUGAGCAUGAGUCCCUCCUCGGGAUCCGUGGUCCAGCAGGCGGUCUGCGUGCGCGCCUGCACUGGCUGGGCGGAGAUCCUCAUCCGUCGGCCGACGGGCAACGUCUCGUGGAUAACCCGUAUCCAGAACCCGAUCACCAACGAUUGCUUCGGCCAGGAUCUGCCGUUCAACAAUGUGGUUUCCCUGUUUCUGCCCACUGCCCAUGGCGGAGUCUUUGGGCCGGACAACGCUAUCCAGGUUCCGCCACAUCCGUUGGCCGAUCCCGAGCCCGAGCAGGAUGCAAAUUCAGCAGCGGCUCCGCAGGCCAGUGCUGUGCGCAGUCGGAUGGCGGCCAAGGCGCGGGCUUUGCAGCGCCAGGAGGAGAUUCACUCAGUCAGCGGAGGAAAUGGCAACGGAAAUGGUAAUGGCAAUGGCAAUGGAAGUGCUUCGAGCGGCGGAGCUGCAGCUGCCAUUCCCAUACCACGAGUUUCGGCAGCAGGAAAACGAGGCAAGGAGGCGGCUCUCUGCGGAAGCGUUAGCGAUGGCGAAGCGGACGAUGACUCGCUGGCUUUCGAAGAUGCCCAGAGCAGAGCCAGGAAUCCCGUUCGCCGGGUCAACUCCAGUCCGGAAAUGAGCUCCAGCUGGCGGCAAUCGUUCCUCACCAACAAACCAACUCCGCUGUCGCAGGAGCCUGUGAAAACCGCAGCAGAUGAGCCACAAUCGCAGCUGACUCUGAAGAAGAAGAGUGUGCAGUACAGCACGAAGGAUAUGCGCGUCAGUUGUGAGGCCAUUCCCGAGGAGAUAGCCGGCUCCACGCCGCCCUCCCAAGCGGCUGCCCAAGCUCUGCAGCCCGAAAGCGGAACGCUGCCGCCAAAGCAACACUCGGCGGACGAUGUGAGCAGUCAUGUGGCCGGAGGCAGUGCUCUGCAGGCAGCUGGAUCCACCUUGAAGCUAGGCAAGCCGCCGCUCUCGCCGGGACAGCCACCGCUGCUGGCCGCGGGAAGGAUGACCAGCUUCGGAGGCACCUCUGUCCCGCAGCCCGGUGCGCUGGCCAAGUCGAGCAGCAGCGGCAGCAAUGGCGCCAAUGUCGGUGCGAUCUCCUCCGACUACGACAACGGCAACAAUGGCAAUGGAGACAUGAUGCGGGGACGUUCGAAGACAAUUUCGGUGGUGCGUGAAGUGAACAAUGGGAAUACACGAACGCCGCCGGCCAGCAGUUUCAGGAAUUUCGGACCCGCCAAGCCGCCUAUAAACGCCAAGUUGUGCAUGAACCCGAGCUUCAUGUUCCUGCAGCUCUACAGCACCGGUCAGCUGGGCAUCACGGAUGAACCCCUAAAGGUGGGUCCGGAAAACAACAGCGCUGUGGGCUUGAUUGACCUGGUGCCACCAUUCGAGACGCACAAGAUCGGUGUGCUCUACGUGGGUCAAGGGCAGUGCAACAACGAGGUGGAGAUCUUGCGCAACUCGCACGGCAGUGCCAGGUAUGUGGAGUUCCUGCGAAACAUUGGCACGCUGGUCAGCCUGAAGGAGGCCGAGCAGAACAACCUGUUCAUCAUGCUGGACAGGAACGGAGCCGAUGGCAAGUUUGCCUACAUCUGGAAGGAUGACAUUCUGCAGGUUACCUUCCAUGUGGCCACGCUGAUGCCCACCAAUCUGCAGGAUGAUCCCAACUGCAACGAGAAGAAGAGCCACAUUGGCAACGAUUAUGUAAAGAUCAUCUACAACGAGAGCGGCGAGGAGUACAAUCUAAACACCAUUUCCGGCCAAUUUAACUACGCCUGCGUGAUCGUGGAACCACUUGAGCUGAAUUCAAACCGGGUGUACGUAAAGGCGCGAUCCGAGAUAUCGAAGUUUGUUUGCCAUGCAGAACAUCGGAUCGUAUCCGAUCGCAGUGCUCCGUUGCUCGCCCGACAAAUGGCACUGCACGCCAAUCUCGCUUCGCUAGUCUACCAAAGUGUGCAGAAAAAGCAUCCGUAUGCAUCGAAUUGGCUAGAAAGAUUGCGCCAACUAAAGCGUCUGCGAGCAAAGCUUAUUGAAGGAAAUGCAAGACAGCAAAAGUCCGGCAGUGCAUCGAGUGGCAUCGGCAUUAACGCCUCGGCCAUUGGUUCAGAUAUGGACGACCAACGAGGGGAUUUCAUUAAGUACACAUAGACAACAACGAGAGGCUCCAAACUGAACAACCAUGAGAGAGCAGAGGACCUACAGACUCAUCCUGCCAUGAUUCCUCUUGAUUUACGAUUUGGAUAUUUGAUAACGAGAAAUCCCAGCAGACCAACAACAAAAGUCUCUGCCUAACCAAUAACCACGAAAAUAAUUAUAAUAUAAUCAUAAUGAAUUUGACAAGUUUAUAAAAUUUGUGAGAAUACAUAAGCGCUGUUCAUUUCCAAACUGAA